CUAAUCUCCUCAUUGUUGGAGCAUUGUUUUAUUUUUAAUGCUGUUAAAUAAUUUUUAAAAACGUUUUAACUAGAUAACAUAUAUGCUAUUGAACUACAAAUCAAGUUUAUUUCCAGGUUCUUAAACCAGUGGCUUUUACGCACAUUUAGUGGUUUUACUCAGGUGUAAACCAGGUAUGACCAGGUCAGAUAUUGAUAUAAUAUGUCUUGUGAAGGCUGCUCAUGACAUGCAGGGACUGUCAGCUUUAGACGGGGAAUUAUUUUUAUAUACACGAUGAUGUGCUUUGAUGUGAAGCCGCAGAUUUCUGGGCUGGCAUUUCAAAUUCAGGCCACUCCCUUCUCUGACGUUAUAAAAAUCCUGGGAGGCCAAAUGAUAAAUUUGUCAGAAGAGAUCUGAAGACACAUCGAGUCUCUCAGCGGCGUUUGGUGUAACUUCUUCUUCUUCUUCUUCUGAGUCCAAUUCAAACAUCAAAUGGAGACGAAAAAGGAUAAUUCAUCAAAACAGGAGGACCCAAACAAAAUAACAGAGGAUGCAAUGUCGUCUCAAAUGGAUCUUGAGGCUGCACUGAAGGAAUGCUCCUCCGCUCUGGAUCUGUUUUUAAACAACAGGUUUUCUGAUGCUUUGACUCUCUUAAGACCCUGGAAGGAUAAGAGCAUGUACCAUGCAAUGGGCUAUAGCAGCAUCUUGGUGAUGCAGGCAGGCAUGACCUUUGAACCGAAGGACAUGGAUGCUGCCAUGGCGUCACUGAGGGAAUCCCUGCAGACAUGCCAAAGAUUUAGAAAGAAAACUGGAAUAGUGGAGACUUUAACCAGCUUAUGGUACAGACAACCAGCUGACAAUCUGACAGAGGAGGAGAUGCAUGCAGAGCUGUGUUACGCUGAAGUUCUGCUGCAGAAAGCAGCGCUCACAUUCCUGGAUGAGAGCAUCAUUGGCUUCAUCAAAGGAGGGAUGAGAAUUCGAAACAGCUAUCAGAUUUUCAAGGAUUGCCAAGUCUAUGCCAGCGCCUCAAAAGACACUGAAAAACAGAAGAGCACACACGUUCAUUUUAGAGGAGGUGUCAGCAUGGGCAUUGGAUCAUUUAAUCUGAUGCUGUCUCUGCUCCCAACCAGAGUCCUCAGACUGAUGGAGUUUUUGGGCUUCUCAGGAGACAGGGAAAUGGGAUUGUCAGAGUUGAGAGAGGGAGCAGCCGGCAACAGCCUGCGCUCAGUCCUCAGCACUAUGACUCUGCUGAUGUAUCAUCUCUACAUUUCAGUGAUUCUGGGUACCGGUGAACCAAACCUUACCGAAGCAGAAGCCCUGCUAGAGCCCUACAUUGACAAGUUCCCCAAUGGAGCCCUCAUUCUUUUCUACAUUGCAAGAAUUGCUGUGCUUAAAGGAAACUUCACAUUUGCCCAGGAGAAGUUCCUGGCAUGUAUCGGAGCACAGCAGGAGUGGCGUCAGAUUCAUCACUUGUGUUACUGGGAGCUGAUGUGGGCAUACUCUUUCGAACAGAAUUGGAGGGAGGCGUAUCGAUACGCUGACCUGCUCUGCAAAGAGAGCAAGUGGUCCCAGGCCACCUACAUGGCUCAGAAAGCUGCCAUCCUGAGCAUGCUGCCAGAGGAAGAGGUGACUGAGCUGAAAGAAAACGUGGUGGAGCUAUACAGGCAGGUGGACAGUCUCAGACUGAGGAUUGCUGGGAAGUCGAUUCCCACGGAGAAGUUUGCAGCGCUCAAAGCACAGCGAUACUCCUCCCCUAACCCUGUGAAACUAGUCGUGCCUGCUCUGGAAAUGAUGUAUGUAUGGAAUGGUUUCACAGUAGUUGGCAAAAGACCCGAGCUGACGAAAAACAUCUUGAUGACCUUGGAAGAGGCAGAGGACAAGCUCAGAGAAGAUCCAAACCCAUCAGAGUAUCACCUGGAUGACCUGUGCGUUAUUCAGCUUCUGAAGGGCCUGUGUUUAAGACAUUUGGGGCAUCUGGUGCAGGCGGAGCUCUGCUUCAAUCACGUCAUCUCCAGUGAAACUGAUAUCGCACACUACAAGUACCUGGUGCCGUUUACCAUGUAUGAGCUGGGCCUGUUGCACAAGCAGAAAGGUGACAUCAACACAGCCAUCACUGUGAUCGAAAAUGCCAAAACAAACUACAAAGACUACCACAUGGAGUCGAGGUUACACUUCCGCAUCCACGCAGCGCUCAACACCAUGGGCUCUUUUUUGGCCAAACUUCCACCUUCACGCACGCCAGCUUAACAGAGUCCAU